AUGAGUCGUCCACGGAAGGGUGGUGAUAUCUCUGCCAUCUUCGUCCACGCUGGAGCCGGUUACCACAGUCACCACAAUGAGAGAUCCCACCUAGAGGCCUGCGAGAACGCUGCAAAAGCAGCAAUGGCCCUGCUAAAGAACGGUGGGUCUGCUGUGGACGCAGUUGAACUUGCUAUCAUGUUGCUGGAGGACUCGGAAAUCACCAAUGCGGGUUACGGCAGCAACCUCACUUUAGAUGGGAAGGUCGAAUGCGACGCAGCCAUCAUUGACCACGAGGGGAGAAGCGGUGCAGCUGGGGCAGUUUCUCACGUCAAAAACCCAAUCUCCCUUGCGCGUGUUAUUCUCGACACCUCGUCAAACCCGCUGUCCUUGCACAGAGUACCCCCGAACUUCCUCGUUGGAUCAGGAGCGACUGAUUUCGCAUACGAAAAUCGACUGCCCGUUCUCCCCCAUGACGCCCUCAUCGCAGAAGGAGCAAAACAACGAUGGAAACGCUGGAGCUGUGAACUGCGACACGCGGAUAUGGUUGCAAAGAAGAAAGCCGGGGCGCAACAGAACCUCAAUGAUCGACAUAUUCGUCAGCCGCUACAAUACAAUCCGGCCCAAUUGCUCACUACGCCUUCAAGUAUAGCGACUCCUGUGACCUCUAAUGCUGAUCAAGCAAGCUUCCCGGGGUUCUCCGCUGCUCCUAUCCAAAACCAAGUCCAAGAUACCGUUGUUGACGAAGCCAGUAGUGCGCAACUCCAACAAUCUAUGGAUAUGGAUACUCCAGACUUUCCCACUCCAGAUUUGCGCAGCGGUGAUGAUGCAGAUGACGUCUCCGAUACGGUAGGGGCAAUAGCAGUCGACAGUUUUGGAAAUAUUGCGGCAGGGUCGUCUUCAGGAGGCAUUGGCAUGAAACAUCCUGGUCGAGUUGGCCCUGCUGCACUAUUGGGUAUAGGCACCGCUGUGAUCCCUGCGGAUCCCAGUGAUCCCGACAAGGCACAAGUUGCUACCGUCACCUCAGGAACCGGCGAGCACAUUGCGACAACUAUGGCAGCGAACACCUGUGCAUUGCGGAUCUACUACAGUCAGCGGAAGUGUUCGGAUGGUCUGUUCGAGGAGGUCACUGAAGAUGAGGCUUUGAAGGGAUCUAUCGUGACGGACUUUCUUGGACACCCCGGCGUGAAACGCAGCCAUUGCGAAGGAGCGAUCGGCAUUAUGGCGGUUAAGAAAACAGUCGACGGGAUUUACCUCUUCUUUGGCCAUAACACUGAGUCUUUCGCUCUUGCUUCGAUGAACAGCGAGGAUAGGAAGCCCGUAUCAGUCAUGUCACGCAAUAACAAGGGACAUGGCAAUGUCGCUCAGGGUGGCCGUGUUUGUCGGCGGAAGAGACACAAAGUUGCUAGUUCUAGGACAGGGUCGAGUUCGCAGUGA